UAAAAAAAACACUAGUUGUUACCAGAUUUGUAAAUUGUCGCCCCAAAUUUGUGGCAUAUGUUAGUAAGUUAUUAAAUUCUUCUCCAGUAAAUGGCGUCAUGAGAGCCACGUACCAAAAUUAUAUGUACUACAAGAAAGCCCGCCAACGCUUUGCUUGCACAGUCUAUAGCAUAUUGUUCGUGUGGCUUGCCUUGACACUUAUACAGAUUGCGGUGAUAGCCCUCGUUAUGGACGCAAGGUAUUUUUUUUAUAUGCACUACUACAUCAGCUUUAUAUUCUUUGGUGUGGGAAUUUUAAUAUUUGGUUUAUUUAUAUUAUUUGAGACGUUGCGUUUCAUUAUCGUGCUUAACUUUAUUCUGGCCAUCAUAAUUGUUGAGUCUCAAAUUAUUGCGCUCUUCGCGUUAGUCGCACGUGUUUUCUGGAUUGAUGUUCUUGCAUUCUUUUCAAUUUGCUUUGUGCUGCUCUGGAUAUUUAUUUUAUUUGGUUCGAUUCUUCCCAGAGAUGCUGACCUGACUUUAGAUGUAGCUGUAGUUUUCAUUAUUGCCUUCGUUUUUCUGGCAAUUGGAAUAUUCUUUAUGAUGGUGCAUUUCGCUAUACCUCGGACUGGGUAUUACUCUUAUCUAGUCUUCGAAAUCGCAAUUACUAUUAUGAUACUAGCUUUCGUAAUGUACCAYGCACAAACUAUCAACGGCGGUCGAUUCGCGGAGAUGCGGCUAAAUGAUGCACUUUUGGGAUCAUUAAUUCUCUUCCACGACUUUCUCAUUAUUUAUUGGUUAACUUUCUAUUGGCAAAUCUUAGUGAGACCAUUCACGCCCAAUAAUUGGAUUCNAACCGCCAACCAAACCGCCAACCAAACCGCCAACCAAACGGCCAACCAAACGGCCAGUUCGACCGCCUAA